AUGCAUUUGUACGAGAAAUUCCGUCUACAGUUUACAUUUCGCACAUCUCAGGAACACGGUUUAAUAUUAUUCAACUCAGAUAAAUAUGGUGUUGAUUUUUUGGCAUUUGAAUUAAUCAAAGGUUAUUUACAUUUCGUCUUCGACAUGGGAAGCGGAUCUCAACGUUUUGCAUUGACUGCACAUAGUGUUACUGAUUCUAAAUGGCAUAAUGUGGAAUUGUUUAGAAAAGAUCUUGAAAAUAAUAUACUCCAAUUAUAUAUUGAUCGGAAUCAAAGUAUUGAACAAUCUUUGAAAAUACCCGUUUUCAAUGGUGACAUUGCAAGAAAUUUCAAUUUAAAUGAUCCACUAUAUAUCGGUGGUAUAUCCCAACUUGUAUUCUUGAAAUGGAGAGAGAAACUUAGUUCAUACCAUGGAUUUCAGGGUUGUCUAGGCAAUUUCUCUAUAAAUGGACUACCUCCAUUUGAUUUAUUAAAUAUGGCUAAGUUAAAAUAUGCGAAAAAUUGGACAUUACCUGUCUGCCGAGAUCAAAUUGUGGACAAUUGUCAUUAUCGACCGAAAGGAGUAUUGAACUGUAAUCAAAUUCAACGUAUUCAAAAUCAUUCAACUAUAACAAGAACAAAUAAAAAUAUUGAUGGAAACAAUGAUAAUAAUAAACUAUUUCAACCAUAUUGCUUAAAUGAUGGAAUUUGUUUACAUACAUGGUUAGGUGUUAAGUGUGCCUGUGAAUUGACUACAUUUGAUGGGCAUCGAUGUAUAAAAGCUGGAACAACAUUUGCAUAUGGUGUUAAGUAUGAUACAACUAUAAGUUAUAAUAUAUCAAAUAAUAUCAAUCAAACAAUUGAUAGUGAUAAUGAUCAUAUUGGUUAUUUACGUUUAAUUUAUACAGAUCGUGUAAGAAAUACAAGACAAGAUGAAUUUGUACUUGGUAUUCAAACAAUUUUAACAAAUUUAACUUAUAAUAAAAACCAACACAAAAAUAAUGAACAAAUUUCUCAUAAUUAUAUAACCACUUUAUUAUUUGUUACUAGUUUAACACAAAUUGGUGAUUUUAUACAUUUAUUUUUAGAAUCAGGUGUAGUGCGGCUUAAUUAUAACAUGGGUGGAGGUGUGGUUCAUAUCAGUGGACCUAAUUUCCCAAUCAAUGAUGGAUUUUAUCAUCGAAUACGAGGCUAUCGUGUCGAUCGUCAGAUAAUUCUUGAAGUAGAUGACUCAAGACAUACAUAUGAACUAAACAGUAUAUAUGGGAAACAGUUCAAUAAUCAAAAAGUUAUUUGGCUUGGACAUGCACCACGAUUAAAUAAGACAGACUUUUUUCAUGGUUACAUGACUGGUGUUUACUAUAAUGGAUUACUAUUGCAUGAUAUAGCUGCCGGUUUAUCCUACCAUACACCAAAAUUUCAACCGAAAUUACUCAAAUCUGAAUACUAUAAAGAUGGAGUAAACUACGUGAAUCGUGAUGAACCAGUUAGUGAAGAGAUAACAAAGCAAAUCUUAACCAAUUCAUUACCAUUUCAUUUUUAUUCCAAUUCUUCCUCUUCAUUAUUAUCAUCGAACUAUAAGUAUUUUAAUAACAAUAUUUCUAAUGAAUCUAUACAGUCAGAUAUAAUUCAUUCACAGACAAAUUAUUUACAAUAUAAUAAAUGGAAAGUGUUUAAAACAAUGAGUCGUUUACAUGAACAAGUUAAUAUUUGGCUGUUAAUUAGUUUAGCCGGUGCUGGCCUAAUAAUGUUAAUCUCAGUUACAUUUCUAGCUUAUAGAUGUCAUCGCAAUAAACAUGUAGAUUCACAUUGUUCUAAAUUAACUGAAACAAAGCAAAUGAGUCAUUUACAUCAAUUCUCUCCAACAUCAGUUACUUAUAGAACUGCUUCAGUAGGUUCUUUAUUAAGCAUGGAUGAUAUAAGAUAUACUAUGAUAUCUAAACGAUUAAAACAAAAUCAAGAACAAUUAUCAUCAGUUUCAGAUGAUCAAUCACAUUCACUAUGUGAUCGAACAUCAAUCAGUGGAUAUAAAAUCAAUUAUUCUAAUACUACAGUAACACCUUUUAUCUUAGUAACUGAUUCAAUAAAUUUACCAAGAAAAUCAUCAACAGGAAUAGAUCAAUACAAUUUAAUAAAAACAUCUUUACCUAAAAUAGAUUCAAUGCAUUUCAAUGUUAACGAGCUUCCAAUUAAAACAUUUGAACAAUAUAUACCAGAUAAAUAUUUCAAAGAUAAUGAAUAUAAAGUUAUUUUAAAUGUUUCUGAUAAUGAUUAUUUAAAAACACAAUAUAUACAUGGAUUUAUUGAUACAUUAAAUAAUGGACAAUUCAGUACAGGUUCUUCAAUAGAAACAUCUCAAAUGAUGUAGUAUUCAAAUAUCAAGUUUCCAUAUAUAUAUUAAUGAAAUUUCGAAUCAAGUUUAUUAUGUUAUAACAAAUGACAAGUACCUACCAAUAUAUGAUCAACAAUCUAAAUAAAGAGUGUAUUACUUUUAUGUAGAAAGAAAGAUUUCCGGUAUGUUAGCUCAUUUUUAUAUGACGUAUAUAUAUGUCAAAAUGACUUCACAUCAUUUGCUCUGUAUGCAGCGAUAAACAUUGUAAAUAAAAUUAUACUUCAG